GAAGCACCUGCAACAAUGCUCAAGGAAGGCAUCUUCAGAAUUUUGUUAGGAAAAAACCAACACACAAAUAUAAAAUUGUUCCUUCCUCAAGCAUCUUUCUCGAUCACUGUGCAACUCCUUCCGAGUGUGCGUACAAGCAAUGGCCACCCGCUCGGUAGUGUGCGUGCGAUCGGCAGCUUAAGCGUCAAGGCGGGCUUGUUGUACAACAAUGCGAUCGGGAAAGCGUUCGUUUGCUUCGAGAUACCGUGGCCGCAUGACGCUACGCACCUGUGCACCGCUCGCCGAACGCUCGCUAACGCAGAGCAGAGAAAAUUGCAAAAAAAGACCCACCGUGCCGAAAGGCGGGCUUAAGUUCGUUUCUUUUCUCGCUCCGUCUGCUGCCGAGCUCCAGCACCGUCAAGAUGGAACGCCGUGAACGCGUUCGGAACGCGCAAAAUGCCGUCGGGAGCUGUGUGAUUCGAUUAAAGUAAGUGGCGCAAACGGUGUAGUGGAAUUGAAUAACAAUUUAUGAAAA